AUGAUGGAAAGCUACGAUACCAUUACCGCAGGAAAGCGACUUACGCCGGAGGAUUUGGACCAACAUAUUAAGCGACUGACGGCGCCACGGCGUGAGGUGGAACUGCGUGACCCGUUCGAGGUGUGUCCGACGAAGCGAAUCUCGCCGGAGGCGCUGUCGAGGAUGACGGACCGGCUCUAUACCCAGAGCCUCCAACACAAACAAGAGCGUCUUGCAGCGGCAGAGCAGGCCGCUUACGGUGCGCACACGCGCGGUACCUUACUCAGAGCUGCACCACUUUCACCACAGGACGAGGAAACAUCGGUGAAGCGACUGUUCAACAAUGCGCUUGAACGGAAGCAGGCAAACAUGGAGCAGGUUCGCCAUCAACACCAAUACCACCGCCCCACCAGCGAGACAAAGGUCCCGCUGAAAAGUUUCGUGCAACAUAUGUACUACGACCGCCUGGAGGCCAAGAAGAAAACGGAGAAACGCCUGUACGAUACGUACCUGGCACCGACCGAGAUUCACACCGGUACCAUUUCUCGCGCGCAAGCCGACGAGGCAUCGAAUCGCCUCUGCACCACGAAAGCGGGGGCAUAG